CAUAGUCCGCGACAUGAUUGUACUGGCCCAGACCACUCCAAGUUCCUGUAUAUCGCCGCACCAAAUUGAUGCCAGCUUUCAAGAUGUCUGCGGCCAUAACGCAGCAAUGUUUACAGAUGUUCGACGAUGAUUUGGUCGACGAUGACCUAAUCAGCACCUCCAGAUCCAGAGGAAAAAGUAAGGGUUUGGGGACCAGUAAAAAAGGUGUACAGAAGAGGCGGAAACUCUUAAAAAAACAGCAGAAAAGACGUCAGGAAGAAAAUCUUGUCAUGAAAAAUAGAACAUUUGUAAAAUCAGUAAUAGAGGAAUAUAAACAACAACAAGCGGAGGACUGGACAGAUGACAGUGUAAACAGGAUACAGGAAAUGUCUAAAGUGUGUAAAACAUCGCCCAAGGUCACACAGGCGAUUGUGGAACAGAGCCGCGGACGAUUGGCCAGGAACAACCCGCUACCAGAGGCAGAACAGGAACCCGGAACAGUGUUCACUGAUAGAGACUUUGACAAAUUCGAAAAAGAAUAUGAUUUUUUCUCUUGAAAUUAAAUGUUUUAUCAUUU